CCAAACAUGUCGACUCGUCAAUUAUUCCUUCAGUUUUAAGAAUCCUGUGCCAACUUCUUCAAAUCCCGACCGACGGAGCCAGCACCGUGCUGCGAGGAAGUCUUCUUCUCAGCCGUAUUUUUUUUUUGAUGUAAAAGACAUGGAAUGUUCUCGCUAUUUUGAGCCCCGAAACCCUCCCAUGGCCAGCUGCCCGUCGGGGCCGUGAUGGGCUGUGAUCAGAGAUCCAUUAGUCAUGUCUGGGAAAUGGGCUCAGGGAGCAAAGGAGUCCUAAAUUGAUCGCUAACUUUGCUUUUCCAGGCAUAUAUAGCGGCCUCAUUUGCAUAUCUGUCUGAUUGCAGCGGGGGGACGUGCAUGAGGCGUCCACACCGACGGGGCUGAGGGUUGAACUCCCUCCAGAAGAGCUUCUGUACGCCCGCAUGAGUUAGCGUCAUCCGGUGAGGAAAAUAUUUGGCUGUCAGAAUAAAGAAAAUUACGAGCCAAGGACCACCCAGCGGCCGUUUGCCACCCCUACCACAUUAACGGGCCCCCAGCGUGUUUUGGUGAAGCCGCGGCUGGGAACAACUGGCAAAAAUGUCGUCACGGGUAAUGACCAGGGAGAGAAUGUGUCAGUUCGUCUUCCAGUUCAGGUGCAAAGAAGCUCUCCAUCGAUGACUUUGACAUCGGCCGACCCCUCGGGAAAGGCAAGUUUGGCAACGUGUAUCUUGCCAGAGUGAAGAAGAUGCAAGCUGUCGUGGCUCUGAAGGUGCUGUUCAAGUCCGAGAUGGAGAAGGAAGGUGUGGAGCACCAGCUCAGAAGGGAGAUCGAGAACCAGGCCCGUCUCAAGCAUCCCAACAUCCUGCGCUUUUACAACUAUUUCCACGAUCGAAAAAGGGUGUUUCUGGUGCUGGAAUACGCUCCACGCGGCGAAAUGUACAAGGAGCUGCAGCGGUGCGGACGAUUUGACGAGCAACGCGCUGCAACCUACAUGGAGGAGAUAUCUGACGCGCUCCAGUACUGCCACGAGAGGAAGGUGAUCCAUCGCGACAUCAAGCCAGAGAAUCUGCUUCUCGGAUAUCGCGGAGAGCUGAAAAUAGCCGACUUCGGUUGGUCCGUGCACGCGCCGUCACUCAGACGUCGUACAAUGUGCGGCACACUGGACUACCUCCCUCCUGAGAUGGUGGAGGGCCACACCCACAGCGAGAAGGUAGACCUGUGGUGCAUCGGGGUCCUCUGCUACGAAUUCCUGAAUGGGAACCCGCCCUUUGAGACGUCCAACCAUUCCGAAACAUACAAAAGAAUCGUGAAGGUGGAUCUGAAGUUCCCUCGGGUAAUCUCUGAAGGCGCACAAGACCUGAUCUCCAAUCUGCUCCGCCACUGCCCCAAAGAUCGCCUCUCGUUACAGGACGUCAUCGAUCACCCAUGGGUGCGCACCAACUCCCGUCGGGUCUUGCCUCCCAUCUGUCCCGCUAAAACCUCGUGAUCACCCCACCUCGAAGGCCUCGUCUCGAUGGAGGUUUUUAUUUGUUUUUUGCUUUUUUCCUGACAAUGCCAAAGUGCUGUACUUCUCAACGCUUUCGCCCUAUUUGUAGGGUUUAUAAAUAUCCCGCAAGCUACACUUUAAAUUCUAAUAAAAGACCUAUUCCUG